GGGGCGGGCGCUGUGGCGCUGUCCCCGCUGUCCCCGCGGGGCCCGGCCGGACAUGGCCCCGCGCGGCCGCCCCGCCGCCGCCGCCAUGCCCCGCAGGGGCGCCCGCAAACGCCUCAAGUUUCGCGCCGACGACGUGUGCUCCGAGCGGGUGACGGUGGCAGAUUAUGCCAACUCAGACCCAGCUGUUGUGAAGUCUGGGCGGGUGAAGAAGGCUGUGGCCAACGCAGUGCAGCAGGAAGUAAAAUCCCUGUGUGGUUUGGAAGCUUCCUGUGUCCCUACUGAGGAAGUUCUCUCCGUGUCAGGAGAGUCCUGUGACAGCAGUGAUGAGAUGGAUACCAAGGAGAGCAUCAACGGGAGGGCUGCCUCGAGGAAAAAGAAGAGCAAAAGGCACAAAGAAGAUGCCGAAGGGGGAGGAGGAGAGGAAUAUCCCAUCGACAUCUGGCUGCUCCUGGCUUCCUACAUCCGCCCUGAGGACAUCGUCCGGUUCUCUCUGAUCUGCAAGAAAGCCUGGACUGUCACUUGCACUGCUGCCUUUUGGACCAGGCUCUACAGAAGGCACUACAGCCUGGACGCGUACCUGCCCCUGCGCCUGCGCCCCGAGUCCAUGGAGAAGCUGCACUGCCUGCGCGCCUGCGUCAUCCGCUCCCUGUUCCACAUGUACGAGCCCUUCGCCGCCCGCCUCUCCAGGAACCCAGCCAUCCCAGACAGUACUCCCAGCACUUUAAAGAAUUCCAGAUGUCUGCUUUUCUGGUGCAAAAAGAUUGUAGGGAACAGACAAGAAGCAAUGUGGGAAUUCAACUUCAAGUUCAAAAAGCAGUCUCCCAGAUUUAAGAGCAAGUGUUGCAAAGGUCUCCAGCCCCCAAUCCAGUAUGAGGAAGUGCACACAAACCCUGAUCAGGAUUGCUGCCUACUGCAGAUCACCACCUUCAACUUCAUCUUUGUGCCAAUCGUCAUGGGCAUGACCUUCACCUUGUUCUCCAUCUCGGUGAGCACGGACAUGCGGCACCACCGCGUGCGCCUGGUGUUCCAGGACACGCCCGUGCGCAACGGGAAGAAGCCGCGCAUGGAGCAGGGGGUGCAGGUGGUGCUGGACCCUGUGCACAGUGUCAGGCUCCUGGACUGGUGGCACCCACAGUACCCCUUCUCCCCAAAGGCUUAGUGCUCUCCUGAGGCUGCAGGAGCCCACAGGGGACUGAAUCUGGCAGGCUGAAGAGAAUUUCUAGGAACCAGGAAAUCCUAUUUUUAUUUCUGAAAUAAAUUCUGCAGUCUCCUUGCAAGUGGUUGAAGCUGCUGAGCUAGUUUGUAUGUAUAUAACUUCUGGUCAGUAAUGAGCAGAGCUGAGUGUAAAGCAGAAACUAUUUGUAAACACACUUUUAUGUAAAAUUGACAUUUUAUGAUUUGAAAGGAGCUCCCUGGAACUGUUCAUUUAAAAUCCUUUUGGUGC